AUGGACGGCAAACGCAAGGCCAAUGGGCCUUCAUCUGCUGAGAACGACGACAGAGGCUCUAAGCGUCGUAGACUUACUAAUGAUUUCGAUCUCUCAAAAGGCCAGACCCGAGAAUCCACAACAGCGUAUGGAUUAUCUUUUCUGGACCACCUUCGCAAGACUGCCGACAAGAGUGGGCGUCUCGUCGCGACCAAUUUCGAGGAGCUACCACACCGCGAUGGUAAUGAUGACUACUACGAAAACACGCGCAUGCCCAUCUCAAUAUCGAUGAUCGAGAACAAACUGAAUAAUGGCGAAUUCAAGAAUCUUUCUGAGCUCGAGGGUUACUUUAAACGCAUGAUUAGCAACGCCAAGGAAUUCUAUUCUAGGUCUGAUCCGGAGUUCGAAGAUGCGGAACGAAUUAGAAAGGCACUCAGCAAUUACAUGACCAAGGCGAAUCCAGCUUACGAAGCUCGUGGCUAUCAAGUUUUGCCUACCCCGUUCCCUGAUGAAGAUGGUGCCGAGGAUGAGCAGGACGAGAACGAGGACGUGGACGAAGAGAACGGCGAGGACGAAGACGAGGAAGACGAACCCGAUGAAGACGAAGAAAAGGGAGACGAGGAGGAGGAGGAGGAGGAGGAGGAGGAAGAGCUGCCAACCUCUCGCAGGCGAACAACAAUCACCCUCAAGCGGAGGGGACCUGACCGUACGCCAGCAAGAAGAGCAUCGACAAGAGGCAAGGAAACCCCAAAGCCAGCAGUACCUGCAGCAAAGCCCGACCAUCAAUAUGAGGAUAUGCCCUUCAAGGGUCUAUCCUUCCAGCAAGCACAAGAAAAGCUUGUCGAGGAAGUUAUACGACGUGAAGACCCUGGAUACGAUGGCCCUUAUUUUGAAGCCUUUAUCAACCUGCCGCCUCGCUCCCUGAAGGAAUACUACAAAGUCAUCAGUGAUCCCAUGUCGCUGAGAAAGUUGCAGAGGGCAGUUAAGGGCAUGCAUGGCCGAGGUGGCAGUACAGGCGUCAGCGAUUUCAAGUCCUGGGCUGCUUUUGAGGAGAAAGCAAAGCUACUGUGGACUAAUGCAUACUUUUUCAACGAGGAGGGGAGCGAAAUUUACUCUGUCGCCCAGGAACUCGAGGAGUUCUUUACUGAACAGCUCAAACAGGCACAAGCCGAUGUGCCAGAGCCCUCUCAACCAAAGAUUAAACUCAAGGUUGGCGGAACCAGCGACACCCCUGCACCUGGACCCAAGAAAAUUACCAUUCAUGUUGGAGGCCAACGGGAUCCAGCAGAUUCCCCGGUGCCGGGUCAACAAAAAGAGGCGGCAAACGGCCUUGGUGUUAAUGGUACAACACGCACUUCUACGCCUGCUCAGGCUAUUAACCCUCAGCUAGAAAAGGCCAGAAGUGCAUCUGUCUCUGCUGCCCCAUCUCCAAGCCCAUCGACACAAGCAGCCUCGAAAACAGAAGAAGCUGCCCCCGUCUUAUCAUCAGCCGCUGUGCCACAGCCCCAGAACGCUCUCCCCGCUGGUCAAGCUACGCUUGGAGUUCCUACAACCGCAACAGGCCCUAUUUUUGCCCCUAUUCCUGUCGCACCACCUCAGCCAAUAACAAACCCCUUGAUUAAUGGCUACAUGGAUCAGAAGCAUCCUCGCCGUCCCGGUAAAGGUCUCGAUGAUGCUCUUAUUGAAAGUGUGAAAAUACAAGUUCAUCCAACCCUACAGUCACACAGCCCCGUACUAGCAACCGUCAAGCCCAACCCCAAGGAGAUGGACCAGGCCGCCACCAUCAACCUGCCCUCUCAUCUUACACGAAUCCUUGUCGUUACUGCUAUACCCAACCAUUUACAUAACAGACAGUACAGCCUGUGGACAUUGGUAAACAAACAACCGUUCAAGCCCCUCCACCUUCAAGCUCCUGGCCAGCAACCCAACGAGCGCGCAUUCGAGGCCAUGCUGCAUCAUGGGAUCAACGUAAUCGAAACGCAUCUUAUUGCUGCGAUUCCCCAAGAUGAGCGUGUGCCAGGGGGCCCGGAGGUUGAGCUAGAAGUGUUCACCAUCACCGUCAACGUGCUGCGGAACUAG